AAGACCCCCCAUCAUUCGUACUAGAAUUUUCCGGACCACAACAACAGACAUGGAGACUUUUCAGCAUCCCUAUUUAAAAUCACUAGGUCACCGUGGCUACGUUCAGGGCGUCACGCUGCACUCAAAAGCAACUGACAAGCCGCUUUGUCAUUACUUUGGGGGCGUACGGUAUGCACUACCUCCUCUUGAGAGAUGGCGGAAGGCUCUGAAGCUUCCUGAAUCCUAUUCCUACGGCACGAAAGACCAACCCGCUUCCUGCGAUGGAGAUACUGGGGUCUGUCCACAACCCAGCUUCAUGAAUCGUUCCUACACCAAGGGGUACACCGAGGAUUGUUUUGAAUCCACUGUAUGGGUACCUUUGGGUGAACCCCCUAAGGGCGGGUGGCCGGUCCUUUUUUUCAUCCACGGCGGUUGGCUACAAUUUGGUCACCCAAACGGAUUCUCGGCUGCAGCCCUACUAGGUGAUGCUGGUCUCAAUGCCAUCGUCGUUGUACCUGCCUACCGUUUGAAUGUCUUUGGGUUUCUAUACUCCUCGGAGAUUGAGAAAGACGCCUUCUCGGUUGGGGAAACGGUAGGCAACUAUGGGUUCUGGGACCAACGUCAAGCCCUCGAAUGGACCAGAGACAACAUUGGUCUCUUCGGAGGCGAUCCUUCCCAAGUCACCGUCUCCGGAUACUCAGCUGGUGCAUACUCCACGUUCUACCAACUAGCCUACGACCUCCAAUUCCCAGACGACCAAGCCAUCAUCAAACGAGCCUGCAUCUGGUCCAACGCAGCCGCUGUCCAGCCCAAGAACCCAGCAUCAGCACAAGUACAAUUCAACCAACUCCUCUCAGCCCUUGAUAUCCCCGCAUCUCUCUCCUGGACCGAGAAGCUCUCCCGACUCCGCGCUAUCCCAUCAGAGACCCUCAUCUCCGCUGCCACGAGCGUCGAAAUCCACCAAUACCGCCCCACUUCCGACUCGGUAUUCAUCCAGCCCACUCUCUUCAAAUCCUUGGACAACGGCGAAUUCGCACGUAAAGUCUCCGCCCGAAACGUCCGUAUUAUUCUCGGCGAAUGCCGCGAUGAACGCCACCUCUAUGCAGCCUGGUUCCCUCCCCAGAACACACUCCCAUCUCUUCGCCAAAGACUCCUAGCCGACUACCCCCGUCCCGUAGUUGACACCAUCAUCAACCUCCACUACCCGGACGGCAAGUUGCCAGCCUGUUGCAAGAACUGGGAUAACGAUGCAUUCGGCCGGAUCUACGCCAAUAUGCAAGUCCACCAUAUGCAACGGGGACUGAUCCACUCCCUCGCCAGUGGUGGAGCGUCUCAUCUACUCUAUCGCUACCGCAUUGAGUAUCGGGUCAAGUGCGCGGACACGACUAUCCCACCUAGCUGGGAUGUCACCCACGCCACCGAUCAGUAUAUCUGGUUCUGGGGCAAUGGGGAAAUGCUUGAGCCUGAGGAAAAGACCAUCGUCCGACGUGCCCUGAUCGACCCCUUCAUCAAGUUCGUCCAUGGUGAAGCGGACAUUCAGUGGGGAACGACUAACCAUCGAGAAUUGAGGACCCUGAAACCUGAUGGGUCGGUCCAGGUUGUGCAGGAUAUGUUAUGGAAUGAGGCAAUGCGCGUCUGGAAGGCGUUGUGUGAGGUGGGCGAGCCGGAUGCCACUAACGCGAAACUCUAGAGAGGUCCACGCAGGCCUUUAAUUUAGUGGGAUGAUUUAGAACACUUGUAUGCACUGCAUGUAUAUCGAG